UCGUGACGUAAGGCGAGGGGGCGGGGCGACUUUCAAAACCAAGAGCCAAGAUGGCGGAGAGAGGAUCGCUGAGGGAUCGGACGCGGCUUGAAUCUAGGAGGAGCCGGGAAAUGAAUCACGUUGACGGCCCAGAUGAAGACCACGUGGAAGAGAUCCAGCUUAACGGUGAUGCCGAAGUCGUGGACAAGCCCCGUCCGAUCCAGAUAGUCCUCGCUCACGAGGAUGACCAUAACUUUGAGCUGGAUGAGAAGGCCCUGGAGAGCAUUUUGAUGCAGGAGCACAUACGUGAUCUGAAUGUUGUAGUUGUUUCUGUGGCUGGCGCUUUUCGGAAAGGCAAAUCUUUUCUGCUUGAUUUCAUGCUGCGAUUCAUGUAUAGCCAGAAAUCAAGUUGGAUAGGUGGGGACUGCGAGCCGUUAACUGGCUUCACGUGGCGAGGAGGAUGUGAGCGAGAAACCACAGGCAUACAGAUCUGGAGUGAAGUGUUUGUUAUUGACAAACCUGAUGGAUCCAAGGUUGCCGUCAUCCUCAUGGACACUCAGGGAGCCUUUGAUAGCCAGUCGACAAUCAAAGACUGCGCGACCGUGUUCGCUUUGAGCACGAUGACCAGCUCCGUUCAGGUUUAUAAUUUAUCCCAGAACGUUCAAGAGGAUGAUCUCCAGCAUUUGCAGCUUUUUACAGAGUACGGACGUCUUGCAAUGGAGGAAAUUUACAAAAAGCCCUUUCAGACACUCAUGUUUUUAAUUAGAGAUUGGAGCUAUCCCUAUGAACAUCCCUACGGGUUGGAAGGUGGCAAAAAGUUCCUGGAGAAGAGGCUACAGGUGAAACAGAACCAGCAUGAAGAACUGCAGAAUGUCAGGAAGCAUAUACACUCGUGUUUUACAAAUAUCGGCUGUUUCCUCUUGCCACAUCCUGGUCUUAAAGUUGCCACCAACCCAUACUUUGAUGGGCGAUUAGCUGACAUAGAUGAUGAAUUCAAAAAUGAACUACAAAAACUGGUCCCGUUACUGCUAGCCCCAGAGAACCUGGUCGAAAAAGAAAUAAGCGGCUCCAAGGUGAAUUGUCGAAGUCUGCUGGAGUAUUUUAAGGCUUACAUCAAAAUCUAUCAAGGAGAAGAGUUGCCCCAUCCUAAAUCCAUGCUCCAGGCGACAGCAGAAGCAAACAACUUGGCGGCUGUGGCUGGAGCAAAAGACUUGUACAGCAAAAGCAUGGAGCAGCUUUGUGGAGGUGAUAAGCCAUACAUCGCACCCUCAGACCUUGAAAAGAAACACUUGGAUGUGAAAGAAGGCUGUAUAAAGCAGUUCCGCUCGGUGAAGAAGAUGGGAGGAGAGGAGUUCUGCCGACGGUAUCAGGACCAGUUGGAGGCCGAGAUAGAUGAAACCUAUGCAAACUUCAUGAAGCACAACGAUGGCAAAAAUAUCUUCUACGCUGCCCGUACCCCCGCCACGCUGUUUGCUGUAAUGUUCGCAAUGUACAUUAUCUCAGGGCUGACUGGUUUCAUUGGGCUGAACUCUAUAGCAACCAUUUGCAACUUGGUCAUGGGAUUAGCAUUACUGUCUUUCUGCACCUGGGCCUAUGUGAAGUACUCUGGAGAGUUUCGAGAAUUGGGAACGUUAAUAGAUCAGAUCGCAGAGAUAAUAUGGGAACAGCUGCUGAAGCCAAUGAGCGACACCUUGAUGGAGGAUAACAUAAGGCAAACGGUGACAAACUCCAUCAAGGCCGGUCUUACAGAGCAAGUGAGUCAAGCUGCCCGGCAAAAGACAGACUGACAGUUCAUCUCUCCAGCCGCAGCCUUUCCUGCCCCACGGCUUGUUUGUAUAACGAGAACUCUGUAGAAAUACAUUGAAAACACACACAAAUAAACCAAAGUUUACAAUUAUAACUGUAGAUGUAGUAUAACCUGACUUGUCCAAGUGCUGCCACUGGUAUUUUAUUCCCCCCCCCCAACAAGGAUAAGCUACCCUAUAAGCUUGCUGUAAGACUGUCAAGGAAAGCUCAUAGCCCUCUUGUGCCAGAACAACUUGACUCUAGCACGAAGAGGUUGCAUUACUGCUCACAUGUGCCAUUUUUGUUUUCUUUUCUGUAAUCACCUUCAUAAAACUUUUAGUGACAUGUUUUCCAACACUAAAUCAAAUGAUCUCCUUUUAAUAGAAUGAUUUUUUAUAUAUAUAUAUUUAAUAUUGGUAUCCAAAUAGCAUCUACGAUAGCGGACAAUGAAAUCUAGCUGUUGGGUACUAAGAAAUCUACAGGCUGAUUCACUGCCUUUUUGUUUCUUUGUUACACGUUCCCAUUCCUCGUACAAUCUGCCGAGGUUUUCAUGAAAGUAUAUAAUGGCCUUUUUAAUCCAUGAACCUGCCAUACCGUAGGUGCGUAUCAGUGGGGGCUGAUAUAUAUACAUUUCUUUUCUGUUAAGCCUUUAUGUACAUACAAUAUGCCGUUAAUUUUAUUGGGGCGGGGGGGGUCAGGAGGAGGGUGCCAGUCCAUCCAGAAGCAAAGCCUACAGCUAUUAGCAGCUCAGAUCAUCUGUACAGCAUUAGUUAUUUUCUAUACAAGAUCAGAUAGGGCAUGUAUAUGACAUAUAAAUAAUAUAAAUACCACUUUUGUAAGACGUUUUUGUAGUCCAUGCCAAAUCCUGGUUCUGUGGUAGGCUAAGUGUGAAAUCCCUGCGCAGGGGGUGUUUGUGGCUCAUGUAAAUGUGUGAAUGCUUAAACCAGUCUGAAGUUUUGAUAUAUUUGUGAUAUUUACCUGCCUUGAACACUGCUGUCUCACCCCGGUGGGUGGAAAAAGAAACAAUGAGCAUUUUUGUUGUGAAUCUUUGUCCUGUUAAAAAAACAAACAAAAAAAAAAUGGUUUCCUGUAAUUUAUUUUCAGUAUAAUUAAAAUCUGUUGUAUAUAUGACACAA